AUGCCUGCCGGUCCCGACGAAACCCAUAACCACGCAGCUGGUGAAGUUACAGAGCACGUUAUGGCGAACUCCAGUUCCAAGACAGACAACAAUGCAAGCACCCAUCCUCUCCACCAGAAGGAAGAGCCAAAGGGCGACAAGGUCAAGUUCAUCCACCACCAAGCCCAGCCAGGUCCUGCUGUUCCCAAAGACUUCAAUGCGCAAGAAGAGGGUACCAAGGAGGAACGCAAGGCCAAGGCAGAUGCGUUGAACAACUGA